ACAAGAAAAGGUUUCUUCUUAUGGUGAUGUGAUGAUCUAGAUUCUUUGCUAUUUCAAACAUCUAAACAUGAGAACUCAAUUUUGGAUCUUUCUACUUCUUUUGCUUCUACUAAACUUCUUCUGUCAAGCUGCAAGGCCAGUGAUGACGAUCAGACCAGAGUCACUGGUGGGGCCACAAGGGAACACGACGUUCUUGGAUGGAACAACAUGGUGUGUGGCUCGACCAGGUGCGUCUCAAGCUGAGCUACAGAGAGCUCUUGAUUGGGCCUGUGGGAUUGGGAGAGUGGAUUGCUCGGUCAUUGAGAGACAUGGUGAUUGUUACGAACCAGACACGAUCGUGUCGCACGCAUCUUUUGCGUUUAAUGCGUAUUACCAAACGAAUGGGAAUAAUCGCAUUGCUUGUUACUUUGGUGGAACAGCUACACUCACCAAGAUUAACCCUAGCUACGGAAAAUGCUCCUAUGAUGUAUCCAAAUCGGAAGUUUCCGCUGCAAGAUCUCUAUCGAAGUAUAAACCUCGGUGGCUCCUGCUGAUGUGCAUAGGACUUUUGUUUCUUAUUAGUCGGCGAGGCUAACACAUUUGCCAGAAAAGUAGAUAUUUGCAUAUCGUUGUGCCGGAAUCUUUUUUCCUUGAGCAAAAUUUUAAAAACCUUUUGGCUAUUGUAGCAGUUAAGCUUUGUUUUUGUUCUUACCUUUGUUCAUAGGUUUAGAAUCUUAAAGCUGCCUUCCUUACGUCCGACAACAACUAUCUCUUUUAUUUUCAUGUUAAAUAUAUAAUAACUUAGUAG